UUCACGUCUAUGCAGCCCUUCUACAACCUUCUCUACCGCGAGGAGGAACGCGAGAUGAUUCCGUUCUGCACCUCGCAGGGCAUCAGCGUCAUCCCGUGGUCGCCGCUCGCAUGCGGUCUGCUCGGGAAGCCGGUCGGCGAGACGAGCGUGAGGAACGAAGCGGAUUCCGAACGAACAUGUGGUUUAGCGAUGCGAAGAUAGAGAUCAUAGACAGAGUAGAGGAGUUAGAGGGUGGAGCAGAUUAUGCAAGCUUUGGAGGUGGAGUUGAGCGACGAAGAGAGCAGGCUGUCCGGAGGGGCACACGACCAGCUUCAUCGCAUUCUUCGCUCGCCGCUGCAUUCCUGCUUGCCAUUGACGAAGCAGCUGCGAUGUCAUCGCCCACCACGCUCUCGCUCAAACAAAUGCUCACCGCCCUCCCACCCGUCUCUUCGUCGUCGACCGAGCUACGAGCACAAAUGCGCAGGGAGAUACAAAGCAACUUGAAAAAGCCCAUCCUGGUAGCCCUCGACGACGAUCCUACGGGCACACAGACGUGCCACGACGUCCCCGUCCUGACAACAUGGAGCGUGCCAGUCCUCAGGCGGGAAUUCGAGAACACAAAACCUGGAUCCGGCUUCUUCAUCCUCACAAACUCGCGCGCGCUCCACCCGCCAGCUGCGAAGGCGCUCACGAUCGAGAUGUGCACAAAUUUGAGCGAGGCUGCCAUGAAGGCCGGCAAGGCGUUUGAGGUCGUGCUGAGGGGCGAUUCUACGCUCAGGGGACACUUUCCGCUCGAGCUGGAGGCGGUGGAAGAAGUGCUGGGCCAGAGCGACGCGUGGAUUCUGGCACCUUUCUUCUUGCAGGGUGGACGGUACACCAUCGAUGAUGUGCAUUACGUUGCCGAGGGCGACACCCUAGUUGCAGCUGCUAACAUACCGUUCGCAAAGGACGCUACGUUCGGUUACAAGUCCAGCAACCUACGCGACUGGCUCGUCGAGAAAUCGAAGGGAGCGAUUGUGCGCGAGCGCGUCCAGAGUCCCGGUCUGUCCGACAUUCGCUCUGGCGGGCCGAAUAAGAUUGGCGAGAUCCUACAGCAUGCGAAGAGGGGCACCGUGUUCAUCGUCAAUGCUGCAACAGAAGAGGACAUGGAUGUCGUCGUUCUCGGUAUCCUGAAGGCUUCAGCACAGGGCAAGAAGUUUCUUUUCCGCUCUGGCGCCCCCCCUGUCUCCGCGAAGCAGCUCAGUCUCGAGAGAUCAAGAGGUGGGUUGAUCAUAGCUGGAUCAUACAUACCCAAGACAACGGCACAGCUCAAAACACUGAGGGAGAGGGCGGGCGAUAGGUUGACGACUGUGGAACUAGACGUAAACAAGCUUCUUGAAUCGCCCGAUUGCGCCGAGAAAGAGCUACAACACGCGCUCGUGACCGCAGAAUCUGAGCUCCAGAAACCGCAGGACGUUCUCAUCAUGACUAGUCGGAAACUCAUCACUAGGGCUAACGAGCGGUCGUCGCUUGACAUUGGCUCGACGGUCGCGGCAGCCCUUGUGUCUUUCCUCACAAGGCUCGAGACGAGGCCUAGAUUUAUCAUCGCGAAGGGUGGAAUCACGAGCUCAGACAUGGCAACAAAGGGAUUGAAUAUGAAGAGGGCGAUGGCCGUAGGCCAGGCUGCUGCUGGCGUGCCGCUUUGGAGGUGUAAUGAGCCUACUUGUAAAUACCCUGGGCUGCCGUAUGUGGUGUUUCCUGGGAGUGUGGGUGGAGUGGAGGCGUUGGCUGAGGUUGUGGAAAGAUGGAGGGCGUGA